UUUUUUUUUUUUUUUAAUUUUUUUUCUUACUUCGCUUCUCACACACGCGCACCAACUUUGUUCAUCCACCGACCGGCUUUGAUUUUUCACUUUUUCUUUCGCUUACUUCGCGGCAGACGAAAAUUACUGCCUCGUCGAUAAAGGAGAGGAGGGAAAGUGAGGAAGACAAAACAAACAAAAAAAAAAAAGAAGAAGGAAAAUCGACUUCUGCUCCCGAUCGAUCAUCUGCCGACGGAAUUUCUUUUUUUUUUUCUUGGACUCAGCGUUGUUGCGUGACUGGAGAGAUUUCUUCGAAAGGGAGAGAGAAAAGGGGAAUGCUCAACGUCGUGUUUUCAACAUCCGUCCUCUGCAACGUACGAGGAGAAGAUAAACAAAACAGAAACAAAAGAAGACAAGAUCAAAUCGUCGAUUACACGAUCGAACAAUUGCCGCGCGCGGAUUUUUGAAUAAUCUGUUAUCCGCUCAGUUUUAUUCUCGCGGGACAGAUCUCGGCGAUCCGAUAUAUUAUUAUUGUACAUUGUUGUUGUUGUUUAUAAAUCAUCACGCGCAGUGCACAGGAGUUGCUGUUUUUACGUUUCAAGUUCUUUUCGAUUGUUACGAACGCUUUGCUUAAGAAUCGAGAACGUUGAAAUUUCCCGCAAAGAAACGCGGUGAAAAUUAACCACGUGUAAUCAACGGACGGGUGAAAAAUACUUUGCUCAAAAUCCCACCUCAAAAAUCAUCGUGUAACGCUUAAACAAUAAGAAAAACAAAACAAAAAAAAAAAAAACUACGAGAAACAGUGAAUGUAUGUAUAUAAAAAUACACAUACGAUGAAUAAAGUACGUUACAACAAGAAGCUGGCAUUCGACGCGUAAAAGAGAGAAAAAAAAGAAGAGCGAAAGGAGUGUACUUUUUUUCUGUGCUUCGAAUUAUGAAAUAACUGCAUCCUUGCGUGUGUCGAUACUGCGUAAUGUAAUUACAAUUUAAAAGUAAAAGUGAAGUGAAAAGUAAAGUUGAAUAGAGAGAGAGAUAAAUAGAGUCGCCGUAAUCGGAGGUCUCGUUAUUUCUUGUUGAUUACGAAGAAUAGAUAAAAUUCGAAUCAGAACGCGUAAUAAAUAAGUUAAAAUGGUGCCGCAACAGCAGGACAGCCCUUCAAGCUCGGGGAUUCCCCUUUUCGGAUCGCAGCUUGUGGAUAAAAAUUCGCCGACACCUUACUCGGACGCUACUCAGACUAAAAAGAACAACCCAAACCACGUAAAACGUCCGAUGAACGCGUUCAUGGUGUGGUCGCAGAUCGAGCGUAGAAAAAUCUGCGAGGCACAGCCGGACAUGCACAACGCGGAGAUAAGCAAGAGGUUGGGUAGACGUUGGAAGACGUUGGACGAGGCCGAGAGGAAACCUUUCAUAGUGGAGGCUGAGACCCUUCGUCAAUACCAUAUGACGGAGUAUCCGGACUACAAGUACAGGCCGCGAAAAAAGACAACGAAACCAGCGCCGUCCCCGAAGGCCAAAGACGCGCCUAAGAAGACCUCGAAGAAGCAGCAACAACAGCAGCAACAACAGUCCGCGACGUCCGGGGUGACGAAGAUCCAGCACAAGAACGACUCCAACAACAACAGCAGCCUUCAGACACCCGUAAAGAGGCUCCAGUCGGUACCGACAACGAGUCCUCUGUCUAGGCUAAAGGCCAGUCUGGCCUUGAACAAGCGGGGCUCCGCUUACACACCGACACCACCGACAAUAACUGCCAAGGUGCCGAACAGCCCAUCUUGCGACACCCGGUUCCCCGACUCGCCGGAGUCGGCGAGCUUUUACGAGGACGCUUACGCCGAUUGUACUUCGAUCGGGACGCCGUCGAAGGUGAAGCGGGAGGGUGAUAUCAAGCAGGAGGUCGUCGAGCUUCCAGAGUUCACCUGCGGCGCCGACACCAUCGUGGCGUCGAGCCCGAUAAGGCCAUUUUCGGAGAUAAGGAACUACCCGAGGAACUCCGUGCUAUCCUCGAGUUCCUGCUCGUCCUCGUCCUCCACCACCACCUCCGUCUCCGCCUCGUCCUCGACGUCCUGCAAGGGUUUCCCCGUCAAGGAGGAACCACUCGAGGCUGCGGCUACGGCCACCAGCACCGGAUCAACGACGACCGGAUGCUCGGCUUCGACACCGGUUGUUAAAAUGGAGGAGAGCACGAACCCCCUUGCCGACCUCGACUGUCUCACCGAUCUCUUCCAAAUUCAACCCUGUGACUUCAAGCUCGAUCUCGACAUCGACACCAUAGCCACCGAUCUCGACUCGUUUGAAACCGACAGCUCAAGCAGCGGGUCACAUUUCGAAUUCUCAUGUACACCCGACGUUACGGACAUGCUUUCCGACAUCGGUGUCGACAAUGAGUGGGUCUCGUACUGAUCGGGGAUGGUUCUUCACCUUCUUGCGAUAUAUGUUUCUUUUUCUUUCUUUUUUUUUUUUUCCUUUUAUACACAGUAUAUAUAUUAUACAUACGUAUAUACAUAAACAUAACAAACCUCGAUAAGUCAAGUAACAAAAAUAUUAUAUAUAUUGGUAUAGAUUGUAUGAUAUAAGUUGAAGUUCAGUUACGGUGAACUAUAUAUAGAAUGGAUAAGAAAGACGCGCGUCGAGUUUUAAGUUGUGUAGAUUAUUAUUAUUAUUAUUAUCAUUAUUAUUAUUAUUAAUAUUAUUAUCGUAUUAAGGUAUGUAUAUUGUAUACAAGUCAAUGUUAAGAAGCUGCCGUUUGAUCUCUUUGCUUCGAUAUCGGUAGAGGGAAAGAAAGAAGGAAAGAAAUAUAGAGGGGAAAGUGAGUGAGAAAGCCGAGGCUUUUUGUUCUCGUUUAGGAACCUCCACCAACCUUAGCCAUCGCUUUGAACAAAAAUGUAACAAGCUCCGAUAACUUACGUUUUGGAUUGGUGGAAAAAUUUCGUCGCUGUGCAGAUUUUAAACUUGAGCCAUGAUGCGGUAGUUUCGAUGUAUAAUCGUUUCGUGCCGUGGGUAACGGAAGGUAAAGUUUUUCCAAAGUUCUCGCGAGUCGGGUGAAAUUGUAAAUUUUUGAAACCGUUUGUCGCGUGUACUGUAAUUUUUGUCCAUCAAGCUUGACGGGAAUAUCAAGUUUUUAGUAAAAUUUUUUUCUGUUCCGCGGUCCGUCAACGAUCGGUAAUUAAAAUUUUAGUUCAACGUUUAGAGUACCUUCCAUGAGUAUAUCAUUCAAUCUUCCGUAUCUUGCCACAACAAUUUUCGAUCAAGCUUGAUGCAAAGGAAAAAUCGCGUACGCGUACGUACGAUAAUUAUUGCAUUAUAUUAAAACAAUUUUCAUCUACCUUCAGUCUAAAACAAGUAAAAGAAAAUGAACACCCGAGACGAGGCGAUGGGAAAACCGUUGAAAUUUCUUGAAAAUUCACCAAACGAUUGAGAAGAAAAUCCGAAACCUUGGCAAUUUGUCGAAAACUUUGAAAUGCCGCGGCAAAGUUUGUUCACGUAAUAUACUAGUCCUGUAUGAAAUAAUACCGCGUUGUAUAAAUGACGCAGAGACGCGUGUACAGUAACAUCGUAGAUACACAGGAAUGGAAAGGCAAGGCAAGGCUAGGAGAGAGAAAUAGAGAAAGAGAGAGAGAGAGAGAGAGGUUUGUCUGGGUGGCGGUGUCGCGGACCGGAAGCGGGCCCAAACUACAGCUGUUUCCUGUUCACACACCGUUGGAUCCUCGCUCAUAUUCAGGGUUCAGGCAGCGCGCUUCGGUGUUCUUUCGCCGAAUUAUACGCACACUUUAUAAGGUUAUUUUGUCGCCGACGUUUCGGCCGGUUCUUUCAAGCUGUACCAGUUGAUCUAAACGCCCCCUUGCCUUGCCUUGCCUUUUUUUAUACACCAACAGCUGAUGCAUCCAGCUGAUUCCUUGAAUUCCUGCAUCAAUUUUAAAUACCAACCAAACAACCCCUCGAAGUUGUUUAUUAUACGGUCUACGUUUCCGAGAGUCUAGGGAGUUUUUUUUCUAUUACGUUUUUUUGAGUGGGAGGGGGGGGGGGGAUUUCCCACACUUUGCCAGUUAUUUUAUAUAUGUGUAUAUAUAUAUAUAUACACACAUAGUACAGAUUCCUUCUUUUCACAUUUCCCUUCCGCACGAUUUUAACCCAUUUCUUGUGUCCCAUUUUUUUUCCCUCUUUUUGUAUACGUGAACGCGGAUAGGUGGUGAUGAAAAUUUACUAAAUCGACCCCCCCCCCCCCGCUCCGCCUAAAAGAAAUAAGAAAAAAAAUCAAACUAAAGGAGGACUAAAAGGGAAACGAGAAAACAAUACACAACCUUCGUAAUUUCGUUUAGUUCUGUAAAAUUCGGAAGAUUGAUCUUUUUUCUCGUCAAUCUUCUUUCGAACCGUUUGGUAUUCUCCCCCCCCCCCCCCCUCCCGUUCUGAAUGUUUUCCCUUCUUUAUUUAUCUCUACAUUUGAAUCGCCGCGUUGUUAAUACAUGUUUUUUUUCUUUUUUUUUUUUUUUUGUAAUAUACAUAUAAUAUAUAGACAUACACACACGCAAACAUGCACGAAUUAAUUCGUAAAUACAUGAAUAAAUACGUAAACGCAGAAAUAGACACAAACACACACACGAUAAAGUAUAACAUGUGUGUAAUAGCUGGAUCGUAAGAGAAAAAGUUUCGAAAAAAUGACUAGAUAUUAUUCUUCUUUUUUUUAUUUUUUCUGUCCGCAAAUUCGUAGUUUUCUUUCGUAAUUGUACUGUGUACAGCAAACUAGACCUUUUUUUUUUUUUUUUUUUUGUUUUCUUUAUUAUUAUUUCUUACCUCCGUUACGAAAGGCGUUAUGUGGCGUCAUUCCGCCACCUUGCUCGCGAUCGCCUUGCCAAGCGUAACACACCCAGUGCCCGUCAUAUAAUAUAUACAUGUUGGCGAAUAAACGAAGAAGAAGAAUAAGGAAAAAGGAAUACGAUAGCAAUAAAGUGGAAGGAGAGAAAAUAGAAAAAAAAAAACAAAAAAACAAGCACAUUGAUUACUCGAUUCGGUCUUUUCGAUCAAUCCCCAUUGGGAGAGCCUCAACGAUUAUCUUGCUUAUUGAAAUUAUCUACCAACGAAUCACACCUAUGAUCUAUUAAGAAUGGCAAUUUUCGGUUCUCGAAAUCUGCCAACAGAAUAUGUAUAUAUAUAUAUAUAUAUAUUUUAUUUUUCUUUCAUACGAUGUGAUUGUAGUGUCGAAAAUAAUAUUACGUAAAAAACGAAAAACAAAGAACAAAAAAAAAAAAACAAAAAAAAGGCAGGGAGUAAGGCAUAUGAGAGUAACCAUGUAAUGUUUUAAACACACACACGCGCAUAAAUACACAUGCACACUGUCGUGUUUUCGAAACCCUUCCUUACUCACGCGUUCCCCGUUAUACGUCCAAGCGAAUCGAACAUAUUGAUUUUAUUAUUAUUAUUAUUAUUAUUGUUGUUAUUGUUGUUGUUAUUGUUGCUGCUGCUGUCGAUGUGCUCGCGUAGUUUCGGAAACGACAAGGGAGAAAAAAAAAAAAAAAAAAAAGAAAAAAAUGAAACGAAAUUAAUUAUCCCGCGCAACGCCGCGGCGCCCCAAAUA